GCGCGGGAGCGGGGCGCGGGCGGCGCGGCGGCGGCGCCCCCCCGCGGGGCAAUAUGUUCAAGAGAAUGGCCGAGUUCGGGCCUGACUCCGGCGGCAGGGUGAAGGGCGUUACCAUCGUGAAGCCGGUGGUGUACGGGAACGUGGCGCGGUAUUUCGGGAAGAAGCGCGAAGAGGACGGGCACACGCACCAGUGGACGGUUUACGUGAAGCCGUACAGGAACGAGGAUAUGUCUGCCUAUGUGAAAAAAAUUCAGUUCAAGUUGCACGAAAGCUACGGUAAUCCUUUAAGAGUCGUUACCAAACCACCCUAUGAAAUCACUGAAACGGGCUGGGGAGAAUUUGAAAUAAUCAUCAAGAUAUUUUUCAUUGAUCCAAAUGAAAGACCUGUAACCUUGUAUCACUUGCUAAAGCUUUUCCAGUCUGAUACCAAUGCCAUCCUGGGAAAGAAAACUGUAGUUUCUGAAUUCUAUGAUGAAAUGAUAUUUCAAGACCCCACUGCAAUGAUGCAGCAGCUGUUAACAACGUCUCGCCAGCUCACGCUAGGUGCUUAUAAGCAUGAAACAGAGUUUGCAGAUCUUGAAGUGAAAACCAGGGAAAAGCUGGAAGCUGCCAAAAAGAAAACUAGUUUUGAAAUUGCUGAGCUUAAGGAAAGACUAAAAGCAAGUCGUGAAACCAUCAAUUGUUUAAAGAAUGAAAUCAGGAAACUUGAAGAAGAUGAUCAGUCUAAAGAUAUGUGAUGAGUGUUGACUUGAGACAGAGCCUAUACUGAAAAUGGAAGGACUUCAAUGAGGGGUUGCGUGUGUUCUCUCUGGUUCUGUAACUGAGACACUGUGGAUUCCACUUGCAAAUGAUUGAAGUACGUGGCAAUCAACUUCAUCAAUGGAAGAAAAAUGAAAGAAUGUAUCCUGUUUUGUAGUUAAAGUCUAUGGGUACUUAAUGAUUUAUUUCAAGUAGAGGGAUCUUGGACUACUUUUUAAUUCUUUUUUUUCAAGCUGCAUUUGAGUGGUGUAUGGAAACUUUGUAUUGUCUUGGAUUAGUUCAAUGUGAUUUUACAAAAUGCUGGUGUUUACUUUUUUUACUUGUUUUUUCUACUGAUUGUUUAGAGAUGCAUCUUUAAAGCUGAAAAUAAAAUAGGCAUUUUUUAUUUUAAUAUUUUUUUGUCUCUGUCCCGUUGUGGGCUUCAAGAACAAUUGUAAAUAGAAUACCCUGAUUUAAGGCAGAAGUCGAAAUACAGU